CCCAUGUUCUUCUGAUUGCCCCUCUGGCCUCCAUCACCUUAUUCCUCUGUAUUUUAAUCUUACAGCAGUAAACCACUAUCACUCAGGAUGGACUCCCCCAGACCCCCCAGCCUGCUGCUGCUGCUGCUCCUCACCUUCGUACACUUCUGGCAAUGUGCCAGAGGACAGCCAUCAUACAUUAUAGAUACAGUUGACCUGGCAGUCCGACCCAGCAGUACAGUUCAGAGCGGGACAACGGUGACUAUACAGUGCAGGGUUAGCGUCAGUCACAACAUCCCUCACCUCACACAUACUUUCCAGCUCACAAGGGAUGAGGUUUUGGUCCACUCUUCUACCACCAUAGAAGAUUCAAUCGUAUAUGAACUCAGCACCGCCAGGGCAGCUGACUCUGGUGACUAUGAAUGUCGGGUCACAGUCAAGGACAAGAAAAAAACCAGCAUCAUCCAAAAACUCAAUGUCACAGGCCUGCAGACCCCCAUUCUGUAUUUGAGUAAGACUAAACCCUAUGAGGAUGAGGAGUUCAUAGCCAUCUGCAGCGCUCCAGAGGAGAAAGGAUCCCUCAACUUUCGGUUUUACCAGAGAUUUAGGAACGGAGAGUCUUGGAUGAUAAAGCAGUCUGCACCCACUGGGAACUCCUCACAGACCACACUGGCCCUGAAGCCGGCUGGAGACAGAGUCCUCUACUGUGAUUAUGAGAUGAGUUUGAUUUCUGGGUUCAAACGCUCCAACCGCAGCAAUGAGAUUACAGUGAUAGUCAGAGGACUUUACAUUUCCCCAAUCAUGAAUGUGCUGCCCUCUCCAAAUGUCUAUGAGGGUGAUAUAUUGGAGGUGGUAUGUAAAGUGGUAAGUCCUCCAAACAACACUAGAGUAUUCCUGACAAAGGACAAGAGGAUCCUCAAACAAGCCCCAGUCAGCCUCAGUCAUCGAUUCACUGUACAAGAAGGCGACUCUGGAGAUCUCAUGUGCAAGGCAGAAUGGGGCAGUGUGCUGCAAAAGAGCAAUCAAACAAUCACAGUCAAAGAGGUGUUUUCAAAGCCGCACCUGACUGUGGAGCCGACAGAUGUAUUUGAGGGGGACAGCUUUAAACUGACCUGCUCUGUGUCUAUUUAUAUUCCUGAGAGGAUCAGCAAUAGCUCCAUGCAAUUUUCCAUAUACAAAGAUGAUGUCAAGCUCACCAGUGCGUCGACACACAUUAUUGUGGCACAUUCUUAUAACAACGGCAACUACACCUGUAAAGUCCAGGCUGCUUCUCUUACACAGAGUGUUCUUGAAAAACAAAGUCAAGCGCUUGUUGUUAAAGCAAAAGUUCCUGUUUCAAAACCUGUGCUGAGUGUGGUAGGAGGUACGCUGGUGUUGGGAAAGCGCUUCCAGCUAGUCUGUCAGAGUGACAGUGGCACUCUUCCCAUCACCUACACCCUUUAUGGACCCAACAGGCUGCAGGAAACCCAGGUGGUGAGCGAGCCAUGGGAGAAGGCCAUCUUUAACUAUUCAGCCAUUUACAAAUAUUCAGAUGUAAAAAACUUUCUUUGCCAUGCGAAUAACAGUCAACACAGGCCAACUAAGACCGCGCAGCUGCAUAAUUCAACCAACGUCAUAGAACCUGUGUCAAAACCAGUGUUGAACAUGCUCCCCAGCAUGGGAGAUGUCUCUGAGGGCCAGGACGUGACCCUUGUGUGCUCUGUUCAGAGAGGGUCUUUUCCCAUCAGCUUCACCUGGUACCAUGCUGAGAAAGAGGGCGCGCUCACUUCCCAGACCGCCAGGAAACUGGAAGCAUCCUACAGGAUCACCAAUGUCAGAGAAAAGCACAAAGGGAGAUAUUACUGUGUGAGCAACAACCCAGCCAACGAAACCAAACAAAGUCACACCGUCAUGAUUGGAGUGAAGCUUGCAGGCUGGAAGAAAGGCCUUAUCACAGUCUUCUGUAUUCUGCUCAUACUGGCUUUGAUCCUUGUUAUCGCCUUCAGGAAACAUCUCCUUCAAUUUAAGAGGAAAACAACUUCCAAGCUGUCAGUGAAGUCAGCCGGGAGCAAAGUGGAGCGGCUGAGCCUCACCCAAGCAGAGGUCAAUAAGGCUGUCAAUGCCACUCCAGGCAUGAUGGGAAAAAGUGUUUGGAGUGAACCUGUUUCAGGCUCUGAGUCUGAUGACCAGAAUAGUGAGAAGUCUCCAGAAACGGCAGAGCCUCAGUACACUGAGGUGCAGACCAGACAGGCAGAUCCUAACAGAGCACCGGUAACAAAGGGCACAGACACGGUGUACAGCGAAGUGAGGAACUCAAAGGAAGAUGUUCCAGAGCAGGCUGAUGGUAGAGACCUCUCACCGACAGACACAGUGCAAUAAAUGGAAACCCUGUGGAGUCAGUUUUAAUUGUUUGUAGACAGCAGGGGUCAGUGGAGUACGCACAGCUGAAUCAUGAUGCGGAUCACCACGGUAACCCCGCUAGCCAUGAUGACCACUGUGUCCGUGAGGAAUAAAAACACGACCCAAAGCCAGAGUGUUAAUUGACCAACAAGAAUGUUUAUUCCCUUAUUUAUCCAGUUCCUUCAUCUUGCGUGCUGAAAGAAAAAAUAGCCCUGAGCAACAAUGUACUUUUUGCGUUUUUGUAAUUCCACACUGUAAAUUCACUUGCUUCGCCUAUGAAGUGCAAAUUAAAGGUUUUUGUUGAGUGAA